AUGGCAGGACACGCUAGAGGCGGCAGAGGCGGGAAGGGCUCUUUCGAGCGCCUCUUCCAAAGGGACGACGCUGCAGUCGAUACCGACCGGCCGCCGAGCGUACAUGAGCUCUUCACGGCCAGCAUGCGGGAUGAGAUCACGCUGCAGCAGUUCCGAGAGGCGCUCGUCGACAUUCAUGGUCUCGACAUAACAUCUGCAGCCGACAAGCUGAUCUCCAGCGUGGAUGCGGCCUCGGGACGUCUCAGCUUCGCCGAUUUUCAGCGGGCCAUGAGCCAAGUUGACAGCUCGGCUAGUGGCGGGGCGGGCAAGCCCGUCCACUACAAGGACCAGGCCAAGUCCAUCAUCUCCGACAACUCGGGUGCUGCGGCCCCCGCGCCAUUGGCAAUGCCGAAGAAACAACACAGCGACAUAUCCAACGAUGCGUUCGUGAUCAGGAAGACUGAGGUGGACAAGAGAUCUGCAGCUAAAGGUGAGUGGGGCGCCAACCCUGUGCUGAGAACGAACCAGGUAUCAGCAGGCAACCCCCUGGCGGAAAGAGUCGGGGCAGUUCUGCCCGGAGAGGACUCCUCCGAGCCCCGUGACAUGGCCAACACGGCCACCCGGAUGUUCGUGAGUGGCGAGCUGGAUGCAGCCAGCUACGAGCAGUUCCUUCAGGGACUCGGCGUCGGGCUGUCCGACGAGAGCGAGAUUCGGCGGCUAAUUACCGCGCACAAGAAAACUGGGGACGGCAGCUUCACCAGGCUGUCGCGGGCAGUGCAGGCGGAGCUGGCCCGCGCUGGCGAAGGUUGA